AUGAAGGUCCUCUAUUUCCUCGCCUUUCUCCUUUCUUACCUUGUCCUUGUUUCUAGUCUCCCAGUUGAGGGCGACGAGGACUUACCUACUGCCGCUGAGAAAGAUAAUGCGUUCGCCCCAGGAGAGACCAAAAAGAAGCUGCACCUUCUGCAGACCCGAACAGCGGGUGUGGUUACUAUUAUUGCCCUACUCGAGUCUGCCGUGCUAAAUAGUAAUAAUGAUAGGUUUUGCUGUUCGUAUGACCGUUCCGAGGGGUAUUUUGAAUGGCUUUAA